AUGACUGCAGCACCGACUGAAAUUCACCCAGGACACAUGUUCGAACCAGAGUACGGUAUCUGUGCUACCCGCUCCGGCCCCUGCAACUCUCAGCUGGUCCGGUUUUGUGGUCAGUCUGGGUGUCGUUAUCUGGCUGUGUGGUCAGGACCCCCACAAGUGCCUACAUUUGUCCUUGGUCAUGCCGUGCCCCUGCAGGAGAUAUCAGCGUCCCAGGGAGACUCUAAACCCAAACCCCAACCUCAGGGCCACUCUGUCCUCCAGCAGAUGGCUGAGAGUCCCCGACCGGGAAGAGACAGGAAAGCAGAUAAACGGGCUCGGGCCAGCGCACCCCUCUUCUGCAUGCAGAGAGGCCGCAGAGGACGGGGUGGUUCCACACAUACGUGUGUGAUCCUUGCACAGAGUGACCCCAGCCUCCACCACAUGGGGCCCUGCCGGUGCCGGGACACCAACCAGAGGAGCACGACGCCCUCUGUGUUGUUAUCCUCACUGGUGAACCUUUGCCAGAGUUGGAAAACUAAUUUGCUGUGGGUUGUUUAUAGUGAAGAGGCUAGCAUGCUGCACCACGUCCUGUUGGAAGAGUUGAUGCGGCGUGAGAGUGAGUCCAUGCCAUCCGGAAAUCUGUCAGAAGAGGAAAAACGGUUUCUGUCCUACUUUCCCUUGAAGAAGUAUCAGCUGGAAAAGAAUAUGCGAGAACUUAACACCAUUGCAGACCAAGCUGAUAUGACCCACAAGAAGCUCACCAAGGCCAACCUGGUGGCCAGCUCUUCGGGGGCUGUUUCUGGAGUCAUGAGCAUCCUGGGUUUCGCCCUGGCACCUGUGACAGUAGGAGGGAGUCUCGUGCUCUCAGCAGCUGGGGUGGGGUUGGGGGCGGCAGCUGCCAUCACCAAGGUUUUGACAAAUGCCUUAGAAAAUAGAAGCAAUUCAGCAGCAAGAGACAAAGCUAGCAGACUGGUGACUACUAUGAUGAUGUCGGAGCAUGAGGCUUUUGAAGGAAUAAAGUUGCCUGAAGGUGAGGCUGCUGGACAGUGUGUUGCUAAGUGCAUAAGCAUCAUCAAGAGUCUUCGUGCCCACCAGAUGGCCAAAGCUAACCUUGGCUUCAUGGCUAUGGUCAAGAAUUUUGUGGCCACACACAACAUCUCUUUCUGGAAGCCUAGAGAGGUGCAGGCAAUCUUUGUAGACGCAACUCUGGCGGUGACCAAGGGUGCCCAGGGGAUGGGUGCUGCUGGGGCUGGCCUCUUUCUUAUGCAAGAUGUGGGCAAACUUCUGCAGAACUGGAAGCACCUGGAGGAGGGGGCGAGGGCAGAGACAGCCAAGGAACUGAGGACACUUGCCAAGGAGCAGGAGCAGGAGCUGCGGCAGCUCACCGAGCGCUACCAGGACCUGCAGCAGAAGGCGAGCCAGACCCCGCCCGCGGGUUCCAGCAGGGCUGUUAGAGCAGCCCGUGUUACGGACCCAUAA